AUGUGUCAGCCUGCAGGAGCCCGUCGAAGGCUGAAAGAAGCCAUGAUAUCCUCUGAGGCCAUGUCUGAACACGCUCAGAAACAGGCUGCAAGAUAUGAUCUUUUACUUCCAGAGGAUCCUGCAGGAGCCCGUCGAAGGCUGAAAGAAGCCAUGAUAUCCUCUGAGGCCAUGUCUGAACACGCUCAGAAACAGGCUGCAAGAUAUGAUCUUUUACUUCCAGAGGAUGCUGGGUUCCACUCAGUUUUUUUUCUUUCUCUCUCCCUACAGUACUUCAGCUUGCAUCUUUCCCAGUUUGGCCCAUAUAGGCUUGACUACAGCAGAACUGGACGGCAUCUACUAGUGGGUGGAAAGAAAGGUCAUGUGGCCUGCAUCGACUGGCAAACCAAAGACCUCAUGUGUGAGAUGAAUGUCAUGGAAACAGUGAAUGAUGUCAAGUGGCUUCAUACAGAGGCCAUGUUUGCUGUGGCACAGAAGAGAUGGCUCUAUAUCUAUGACUCUAAAGGUGUGGAGCUCCACUGUGUGAAGAAGUUCAAUGACGUCUUAAGAAUGCAGUUUCUGCCCUACCACUUCCUACUCGCCACAGCGGUGCGUCAACAAGUGCUUUUGGCAAAAUGCAGGUACAUGGUGACGUCAGGUCUGGACAGGAAGCUAAAGGUGUAUGAUAUCAGAGCUUUUAAACCUCUUCACUCCUGUUUCCUCCCUGCUGGAGCCUCUUGCUUAUCUCUAAGCCAGAGAGGACUACUCAGUGCUGCUACUGGAGAUAUUGUACAGGUUUAUCAGAACAUUUUGGGAAGCAGUCCUGUAUCCAAACCCUACAUGGCUCACCGCCUUCGAGGGCAAAUUUGGGGUCUUGCGUACUGCCCCUUUGAAGAUGUUCUGGGAAUUGGACAUGGAGAGGGCUUCACCAGCAUGAUUGUACCAGGUGCAGGGGAACCCAAUUUUGAUGCUCUUGAUACAAACCCGUACCGCAGCUAUGAACAGAGACAGGAGUGGGAGGUCAAGGCUCUGCUAGAGAAGGUGCAACCUGAGCUGAUUGGUUUGCACCCAGAACAGCUGAGUAAAGUAGACCAGGCCAGCUUUGAGCAGAGGCACAAGGAACAAGUUGAAGCAUUGGGCUUUGAUCCAUUGGCAAAAGACAAAUUUAAACCAAAGACAAAGAAGAAAGGAAGAAGCUCGGCUGGUGCCAUAGAGAAAAGAAAGAGAAAAGUCGCCCAUGAGGAUCAGAGGGACGAAAUUCGGCAAUCCGUACAAGAACGAACAGAAAGAGAGAAAGAGCUGAAAGAGAAGUUCAACGAAAAGAAGUUGGGAAAUAAGUCAACACUUGACCGUUUUAGAAAGUGAAGAUCCCUGACUGCUGUGAACCCAUCCUAGAGGACUAAUUCAAAGCAGAAGAGACUAUUCAUGCAUGCUAAUCUGUUGCAAAUGUAAGAUUGCUGUUGUACAAGACAUUUUUUUUUCAAAACCUCUGGAUGUCAUUUCCUUGUUCCUUGAAAGCUUUUAGCUUGUUUAAUAAAAUAUGUUUAAAAACUACAAA